ACAGCCGUCGGGAGAUAAACAUUGCGCUCGCUCAUGCUGAAGUGUGGAAGAGUAAUCUCUCGACGAAUGGGCCAAUAUAAUACCUGAUGCACGCUUGGUGGUCAUCAUCAGUUUACAUUCAUUCGCGACCGAAAAACAAGCUAUCUAUUCGACAAUGUUGAUUUAUCUCACCGUGUUGGCGCUGACCUUGGCGGUCUUGUGGAUUCGCAAGCGCUACUCAUACUGGAUGGAUCGUGGAAUACCGUAUGUGGAGCCAAGCUUCCCAGCCGGGAACUUACGAGGAAUGGGACGGAAGGAACAUCUAUCGUCCCAAAUGCAACGAUGUUAUAAGGAGCUCAAAGGCAAAGGUCCAGUUGGGGGGAUGUUCUUCUUCAUCAACCCGGUAGCUCUGGCGAUGGACUUGGACCUGAUCAAAAGUGUUCUGGUGAAAGAUUUCCAAUACUUCCAUGAUCGUUCGGUUUACUAUAAUGAGAAAGAUGAUCCUCUAUCGGCUCAUCUGUUCACGAUGGAGGGUGCCAAGUGGAAAAAUCUUCGAGCAAAAUUGACGCCAACGUUCACUUCAGGGAAGAUGAAAAUGAUGUACCCAACUAUCAUCGGAGUGGCGGACGAAUUUCAGAAGCUAAUGAAAAGUGAAGUGUCCAGCAAUGCUGAAAUCGAGAUGAAGGAGAUUCUUGCUCGGUUUACAACCGACGUGAUUGGCACCUGUGCUUUUGGGUUGGAAUGCAAUAGCUUACACGAUCCGGAUGCCAAGUUCAGGGCCAUGGGACGCAAAAUAUUUUCGUUUGCCAAUGGGCGGUUCCUGAAGGCAGUUAUCGCUCAACAGUUCCGUUCACUUGCGCGAUCACUACAUAUAGCUUUGGUUGAUAAAGAAGUUUCAGAUUUUUUCCUGGGUGCUGUGAGGGAUACAAUCAAGUAUCGUGAAGAGAAUAAGAUCGAGCGAAAUGAUUUCAUGAGUUUAUUGAUGAAGCUGAAGGAUGAUGGAAAUACCGGCAACACAGAGACAUUGACUGUUGAGGAAAUUGCUGCACAAGCAUUCGUGUUCUUCUUAGCUGGUUUCGAAACUUCAUCAACAGCAAUGUCGUACUGUUUGUACGAACUAGCGCAAAAUUCUGACCUUCAAAAUAAAGCACGCAAAAGUGUGAUGGAUUCGAUCAAAAAGCACGGUUCUUUAACAUAUGAGGCGAUGCAAGACAUGCAGUACAUCGAUCAAUGUAUCAACGAGUCCCUAAGGAAGUAUCCUCCGGCAUCAACCUUGACCAGAUCGGUUUCCAAGGACUACAAACUCCCCAACAGCAACGUUGUCCUUCAGCAGGGAUCCACUUUGAUCGUGCCGGUGUACGCCCUCCACCACGACGCAGAAUACUAUCCCGAUCCAGAAAAGUACAACCCGGAUCGCUUUACACCGGAAGAAGUGGCCAAGCGGAAUCCUUAUUGUUUCCUGCCGUUCGGUGAAGGACCCCGCAUUUGCAUCGGAAUGCGCUUCGGUAUGAUGCAAGCCCGCGUCGGAUUGGCCUAUCUGUUGAGGGAUUUCAGUUUCACACUGUCCAGCAAGACUCCGGUUCCGUUGAAAAUCUCCCCGCGCAGCCCUGUUCUCACCUCGGAAGGUGGACUGUGGUUAAAGGUCCAGAAGCUGUAGAGUGGUGAUGAACCGGUUCA